AUGAAUGACCCUCAGUGUCUGAUAAUUAGGGUCAAGGUACUGCUCCCGUUGGUUGCGUUAACUGUGGGCGUGGCUAGUUACCGUAGUCAUUUGACUUCGGAGGCACUGAUCUUGUUAGAUGCACUGGCUGUGGGCGUGGCUAAUCACUGUAGCCAUUUAACCCCGGAUGUACUACUCCCGUUGUUUGCCUUAACUGUGGACGUAGCUAUAUUUUCUUUAUCGCUCUUAACCGCAAAAAUUCUUUCGACUCUCGGUACAGUUGGCGGUGCUUGUGCAACAUACUCGGCCGUACGUGAACUAACCUCAACCCGCUUCACAGUGCCAUACUAUGUGCAACCGUUCCUGAGUAACAACGAAACAAGUUCUGAGCAUACGAAUUUGAAUUGUUGCGGAUUCGGGCAAAAUAUCACAAGGUUCGACAGUAUCGGUCACUGCUCACUGCCAACCGAUUUCUACAAUCAAAACUUGUAG